AUGUCGCAGGAUGCUCCUCUAUUGUCAAAUCAUUUACCACAACUUAUUGAAUUUGCCUUGACUGUGGCACGCAAUAUUGAAUACGAUGAACCUGUUCGUAUAAUAGCCUUACAAUUUUUAAUAUGGCUCAUCGGUCCCAUUAUUCAAGAAUUAAUGCCAAUUGGUACUGAAAAUGACCCUGAAGAUAUAGACGAAGAGUCACCGUCUAGAGUAAUUAUCAAUUACAUUACCGCAUACGUUCAAAAUCCUAAUCCAAAAUUCAGGAAAGCUGGAAUGAUGGCUUUUGCAGUUCUUAUUGAAGGAUGUGCAGAUUAUAUACGCCCAAAAUUCAAUGACUUAUUACCCAUUGUUUACAAUGGUUUACGUGAUCCUGAAAUAAUUGUUCGUAGAGGUGCUUGCUUAGCGCUAAAUCAAGAGAUUGCUGCAAAUCAUGCAACUUUGUUACCAUUGAUCUUUGAACUUACGAACGACACAAGCACGGAGAUUGUAAAACAAGCUUGUAAUGCGCUUGAUCUUAUUUUAGAAGGAUUAGGUGAUGAAAUUCUUCAAUAUUUACCUGCAGUGAUGGAGAGGCUUCUUAUUUUAAUGGAUAAUGGCCCAAAUGGAAUAAAAGAUGCCGUUAUUGCGGCCAUUGGAAGUGCUGCUCAUGCAGCUGGCGAAAUAUUAAUGUCAUUAAGUCAAACAGAUGAAGACAUUGUUUUACGUGGAGUAGCUACGGACACUGUGGGCGCAAUUGCUGAGGCAGUGGGAAAGGAACCGUAUGUUGAUGAUAUUAUGCGUCUAGCUAUUGAAGGCCUGCAUAAGGACUCGGCACGUCUUCGCGAGUGUAGUUAUUGUUUAUUUGCGGUCUUAUCUCGCGUAUUUAAAGAAGAAUUCGCAUCAUAUUUAAGCACGAUUAUGCCACAAUUAAUAAAAAGCUGUCAAAUGGAAGAACAUACUAUACUUAGUGUCGAAGAGGAGGAGGAUCUAUGUGACUUGGAUAUUGAUGAUGAGGAGGAUACCGAAAUUACCAUUGGUUCUGCAGUAGUCGAUGAAAAAGAAGUAGCUGCUGAAGCAAUUGGUGAAAUAUUUGAAAACACGCGAUCACAUUUUAUUCCCUAUGUAGAAUCGACUCUUCAAGAGUUGAUAAAACUUUCGAAUCAUCAUUCCGAGAGUAAAGUUCCUAUCCAUGAAAAUGUGUAUAAUAUGGCCAAAGCUGUCUUAUCAACGAUAUUAACCAUGUGGGAAGACGAAGAAAGCAAGCCGAUUGCAGAAAAUAUUCUUUUACUUUAUCAGAAAAAAGCUGUGUGUCAGCAAGAUAAUGAUGACGACGAAGGUCUGCUGGAUGACGAUGACGAAGCAGAAUAUGACUCGCUUCUUAUAAAUAAUGCAUCAGAUCUCGUUGCAGCGAUGGCUUUGAUUCUUGGAUACGAUUUUGUUCCAUAUUUCAAAGAGUAUAUUAAUUAUAUUGCCAAAUAUUAUAAAAAAACGAAACCAACUUCUGAAAGAUCUAUGGCAAUUGGGUGUCUUGGAGAAACCACGAUUGGUUUAAAAGAUGGAAUAUCGGAAUUUACCGAUCAACUUUUACCUUUAUAUCUAAAAGCUUUGGCUGAUGAAGAUGAUGAAGUUCGAAGCAACGCUGCUUUUGCAGUGUUAGAAGUAGUAUUGCGAACGUUGCCAUUAAAACGAGAUUUUGAAGAAAACGAACCC